AUGCACGGCUCCCAGCUUAGCGUCGCUUAUCAGGGCGUCUCUGAAGCUUACAUGAAGCUACUACAGGCAAGGCCUCCCCCAAAUGCCAGGCCAUCCCUUGUGACCAAUUCGAAGUGGCGUGGCAUUUCAAGCAAUGGAGCUCUGGAUCGCCGAUCAGGCCGUCUUGCCCGUCGAGAACUCGCUGGGGGUAGCAUUCACCAGAAUUACGACAUGCUCCUCUGUCAUCGCCUCCACAUCAUGGGGGAAUGCGAGCUGACUCUGAAUAAAAUGGGUCUCAACGUGGUGCAAGAGGCGGUGGACGACAUGGCGGGAGUAGCAGAGUUCGUGGUGACAAACAACCUGCGGGACACGACGGCCAUAGCGAGCGCGCAGGCGGCGGAGCUAUAUGGGCUGGAGGUGCUGGCGAACGGGAUACAGGACGACUCAAGCAAUGUGACCCAGUUCAUGAUGCUGGCUUGA